UUGGCUCAGAAGCGAUCGGCACUUCGAGCCAAAAAGACGGUCCUGUCCGUCUAACGCACGAGUACUUCCAAGUCCAGAAUCGAGUGCCGCGAUCCAAAGCAAGUCCGAGUCCAAGUCCGAGAAUUUCGUCUUCGUCUUCGGGAUCGUAGUCGUGGUCAGGUGAAUGCCAUCGGGGCAACGUGCCUUGCAUUCCAGAGGAGAUAUAUAUUCUGAGUCGCGAUUCGUGUUGGCGGCUCUUAAUACAAUAUAGCAGUCAACUUAUAUAUGGUCUGCCCCGUUCAAAACAAAUUGGGAAGAUAUAACCGCAGCGAAAGCAACAAAUAUCAAAAUGUUUGCAUUUUUGCCAGUUUUAUUACUUUGUGUGCAAUUGCUGCAUUUAAAAAUUAUUUCGGGAGCAGAUCUCCCAUCCGUUUCGGGAGGGGCACUUGCUCCAGCUCCUGUGUGGCCAAAUGGUGAAAUAAACGCGGCGCCCGAGGCAGGAUUGUUUAAAGCCAAUGCCACAGAUGAGGAAAAUCUCGGGGAAACGGUGGUGGAUCUGCAACCAAAUCUGAAUCGCCAGCGACGCCAAUUCUUUUUCGAUCCCAGCAUUUUGCUAUGGCAAGGAGCUCUCGGAGCAUCGGGAGUUUCUGGUGGCUGGGGUCCUGGCGAAGGAUCCAAGUGCUUGACAUCCCGUGGCCAAUCCGGUGUGUGUGUGCGCAUCGAUGGAUGUCGCCAGUAUUACAGGCUGGCCCGCCAGUUAUCCAUCUUCACCCUGCGUCAAUGGCCACAGACGAAUGGACUUGGACUGAAUGGCAAUAUGUGCAACUUCUUCGAUCUGCUGGGCAGAGUUAAUAAUGGCAUUUGCUGCACGGAUAUUGAUGCCAACAGUUUUGGGGUAUUCCCACUCCCUGGAACGACGACGACGACGACCACGACUACGGAGAUGCCUUCAGUGGUGGCUGACGAGGAGGAUAGGGAACAUGUGAUUCCCGAGGGAGAAGUGGAGGGUGUAUAUCCUGCGGAUGCUCCUCGACCGGAGGAGCCCAUUGACAAUGCGAACAGUGUGGAGGAUACGCCGGAUUUCCAGGACGUCAAUACAAUUGAGGGUAAUCCUCCAGGAGCAGAUCAAAAACCAGAAGCAGAACCGGCGGUGGAAACGGUGGAGCAGCCUAUUCCCACUCAGCCACCGUCCACCAUUCAUCCCUACCAGUGGCCAUUUGGCUCCUUUGCGGGCGGCCAGUGGCCACCGGCGCUACCGACUCACCCACCGACAACGGGUGGUUGGCCACCACCGCUGCCCACCCAUCCGCCGAACCACCAUUAUCCCACGCACCCCACCACAGGAGGAGUUCCAAGCACCAAGCGCACCACACCAAGGCCCACAAUUUCCGCCAGACCGACAACCACUAGGCGACCCACUUAUCCUAGUUAUCCCUCGCCAGUUACAACCACGACAACUACGAGACGUCCUGUGAGCGGAACUAGUUCGGAAGGACUUCCGCUGCAGUGCGGCAAUAAGAAUCCAGUCACGCCCGAUCAGGAGCGAAUUGUUGGUGGCAUAAAUGCCAGUCCACACGAAUUUCCCUGGAUAGCGGUGCUCUUCAAGUCGGGAAAGCAGUUCUGCGGCGGCAGUCUUAUUACCAAUAGUCACAUUCUGACCGCAGCUCACUGUGUGGCACGCAUGACCUCGUGGGAUGUGGCGGCCUUGACAGCCCAUCUGGGUGACUACAACAUCGGCACGGACUUCGAGGUGCAGCACGUGUCCCGCAGGAUCAAGCGACUUGUGCGGCACAAGGGUUUCGAAUUCAGCACCUUGCACAACGACGUGGCCAUAUUGACGUUGAGUGAACCAGUGCCCUUCACCAGGGAGAUCCAACCAAUUUGCCUGCCCACCUCGCCCUCACAGCAAUCCCGAUCUUACAGUGGUCAAGUGGCCACCGUGGCUGGAUGGGGAAGUCUCCGGGAGAAUGGGCCACAGCCAUCCAUCCUGCAGAAGGUGGACAUUCCCAUUUGGACAAAUGCCGAGUGUGCCAGGAAAUAUGGACGUGCAGCGCCUGGUGGGAUCAUUGAGUCGAUGAUUUGCGCUGGUCAGGCAGCCAAGGAUUCCUGCAGUGGCGACUCUGGCGGACCCAUGGUAAUCAAUGAUGGUGGACGGUACACCCAGGUGGGAAUCGUGUCCUGGGGCAUUGGCUGCGGCAAGGGUCAAUAUCCUGGCGUUUACACUCGUGUCACUUCGCUGCUGCCCUGGAUCUACAAGAACAUUAAAUAACAUAGGAUUCCGAUUAGUCUAAGACGUGAUAUGCUGCAAUAUAUUAAGAGCGAACGAUUUAAUAAAAUGUCAACAUUAUUGUA